AUGAUGUGGCUGUCAACUUCAGAUCCUAACAGGCCCUGGCCGAAGGGGCGGGGCCGCCGGGGAGGGGGCGGGGCCCGGGUCUGCGGUGCGCAGUGCGGCCGCGCGGGGGCGCUGUGGGCCGGCGCCAGGCCGCGGGCGGCGGCGGGCGGGCCGGGGCUGACUGGAGCCCGGCCGGGGGCCGAGCCCGGGGCCGCCGGCCUGUGCCCAGAAACCGCCGCGGGGGGUGGCGGCGAGGCUUCGCCGGCAGCGCCUGAGGCUGCGGCCGAGCGCGGGGCGUGCUCCCGCAGCAACGGGUCGGCCCGUUUCCCCGCGGGACGGCGUGCCCGGCUGCGGCGCCUCGGUGGCUGGGGCCUGGGCGGGCGCCGCUGCCGCUGGGGCCGCCGUCCGGCCCCGAGCAAGGCCCGGGCGAGCCGGAGCUCGGAAUGGCUUUCCUCAGAUGUAAAUAUUUGCGCUUUCGGCUGGUUUUGUGUGACUGCUCUCGGGAGGCAAAACGAUCGCAGCUUUGUGAGCAGCCGCCAGCUUCGAGGAUGCUGUGGGGUGAGGGCUAGGCAUCCAAGCGAGAGGGUGGACUCCCAGCCCCAGAAAAGUUUACGCCAGCAUCGUCAGCCCUCUGCCCUCGCCCCAGAAAGGAGGAGGCCAGCAUGCAGGCGUCGACUUAUGCCCCUUGCACCUUUCGAGGACGAAGAGACACCCAGCGAUGGGAACGAGGUGGCUCUGGGGGCGGGAGGGGGCAUGGCCCUGCCUGCCCUGGGGUACGAGCCUCCUCUCGGUGAUGCUCCUGGUCACCUUUUUCCCCAUUCUCUUCCAUGUUUCCCAGUGCUAUUCCCAAUCCUUACAGCUGCCCUUUCUGUCUUGUCUUUUUCAGCCCUGCUGCUAAGCCUGGGGAAUGAGGGUGUUUGCCCUGUGUCAUCUCCGGAGCCUGGGCUCCCCUGCAGGACUCCUAGGGGCUUAUGGCCUCCCUGAUGGUUUUGCUGGUUUUUUGUGUGUGUCCUAUUUGGUGUGAGCAGCACUGGGCCCAUGGGAUGUCAAAAAAAUUUAAAGGAAAGGAUGUGUUACACACUGUUGAUUAUUCUUAUUUUUUAGUGCCUAACAUACAGUAUUUAGAAUAGCAGCGAUAUUUUUGAAAGCGUGUAUAAAGUGGGGUGGCGAGACACCUCCUUUUAGUGCUGUAAAUUUGCCUUUCUGUCCAGAGAGAAGAAUAAACAGCAAAACCCUUCACUGGUUUAAAUCAGUGCAACUUUUUGGCAUCCGUGUCAGCUCUUCUUCCACCAGAAUUUGUACUACAACCCCAGGAGUAAAUACAGCGGCCGAGGACAGGCACAGCAUGGAGCGCAUAUAUUCAACACAGCAAGCACUGAGGCUUAGCUGAAUAGCGCUUGAUGUAUUGUUUGGGUGGCUUUCAACACCCCAACCAAAAAUAAACAUCAGUCGUGCUUCUCUCUUCGCUGCGUUGAAAUGCAGCCUGUAAAAAAAAAUAAAACAAACGACUCGAUACUUGCCAUCCUGUAUGGCUGUGGCACACGACCUGCGAGUCAGAGACGCUACCUCAUGGUACAGGGGUCAGUGGCAGCAAAUCUGCUGGGGACGUGAUGAGGGAUGGCUCCGAAGGGAGAGCAGUCUGGCUGCCCCAACCCCGGCGGCUGGUGGUCUUGGCUAGCAGGGCCACGGCCGUGCCGGCCCGCGGCAGCCAAGCACGGCCAGCCUGAAGCCAAGUCCCUUGGGCCGGCACAGGAGGAUGGCGGGGGGGUCCGCCUUGCAGCC